UCAUCUUCAUCUCCCAUUCCACACGUUCGCUCACGCGUCCAUAACACCGGGAGGUUCUGACCCAGGCCGCCUCGGACAAGCGCUUCUCGAUCGGAGGAGGUGUGGUAGACGGUUGAGCCAAAUACAAGACCAAAUUUAACACCUGGAUUUCCCCCCCCCCCCUCCCCGGGAUAACGUUGACCAAGUUGACUCCGCACACCAGGAUGUAAAGUCUUCGUCAAGUUUUGACACGACCGUGACAUCUUUUGGGAACCGAGUGGACGACGACGGUUCGAGGGUGUCAAGUGGCUUCAUGUCAGCAGAGCUGAACCAGCCCAAAAGCAAGCAGUUCAGUGGUGAUGGAGCGCCGUUUGUCGUGGCCAUUUGUCCUGGUCACCGCGGCAAGUGUGUUCCUCUGCGCCUCCUGCAUCAAGAAUCCAGAGUUCCCCUCCGACACGCUUAUCAACAAUGUGGUCCAAGACCCUCGCACGGGAAGACUCUACGUGGGCGCCGUCAACGCCCUCUACCAACUGUCCCCCGACCUGCAGACGGAAGGCCGAGUAGAGACCGGGCCCCGCCGGGACAACAGGCAGUGCACGCCGCCCAUCACGGACGCCUGCGAAGACGCGGUGGACACGGACAACCACAACAAGCUUCUCCUAGUGCACGCCGGCCAGGAAAGGCUGGUGGUUUGCGGUAGCAUCUUCAGGGGCAUCUGCUCGCUCAGGAACCUUAGCAACGUGGAGCACGUUGUCUACUUCAGCGACAAUAAGGGCGAGAAGUCCUAUGUGGUGAGCACUGAGGAGAGCGUCUCCGUGGUGGGAGUCAUGUCCUACUUCACCAAGGACAGAGACAACUUCACAGUCUUCCUGGUCGCCAAAGGCUACGGCAGCCACGACAGCACCAAGCUGAUCUCCACCCGCAUCCUGAAGGAUUACGGCGAAUGGAACAUCUUCGAGAACAUCGUCGAGGCCUCGGCCGUGCAGGCCAACCCCUUCGUGCAGCGCUACCUACACGACUUUCGUUUCGCCUUUAAGGACGGCCCCUUCCUCUACUUCCUGUUCUCGCGCACCCUCGGCGUGCAGGACACCAAGAAUUUUACCUUCAUCUCACGGAUGUGCGAGGGCGACCAGAGCUACUUCUCUUACACCGAGCUUCAGCUCAACUGCAGCACGGCAAACAAGUUCAAUAAAGUCCAGGCCGCAUACGUCACGACGCCGGGCGAGGUUUUGGCUCAGAACUUGACCAGAUCGGGCCAGUACGGACCAGUCCUGGCCUCUGACAAGGUUCUUUUUGUCACUUUCACAUCUGACGAAGACCCAACCAGCUCGGCCAUGUGCAUGUACCCUGUGCGCGCCAUAAACACGAAGCUGCUGGAGAUCAUCGGCGCCUGCUACAGCAACAGAGGCCUUAUCAACGACAAACCGGCCGUCUACUCACCAUACUCUACCAAAUCCAGCGGCGUGUGCAGCAACACCAAUCAGCACAACAUGGUGCAGAAGUACAAGUGCGGCGCCGAGUUCCUGCCGUCGCCAUUGGCCAGCAAAGCCGACGUGGCCCUAGUGGCCGAGCCCUCCCUGGUGCGCAAGGGGGUCUUGACCGCAGUAGCCGUCGCAGUGGAGACGGGGCACGCCGUGGCCUUCCUGGGCACUGCUAACGGAGAGGUGCUCAAGUUGCAUCUGUCGGCCCACCCCGAGGUUUACGGCCACGCGUCUGGCGAAGUGACGGGCGACAAAGUGAACAAGGAUCUCCUGCUGGAUCCUCAGCUGCAGCACUUGUACAUCACCAGCGAAAAAAAGAUCACCAAAGUCCCUGUGCAGUCGUGCCACCUGAAGACCGAUUGCCAGGCUUGCAUGGCCCUCAAGGAUCCGUACUGUGGCUGGUGUGUGCUGGAGGGAAGGUGCACCAGGAAGCACGAGUGCAGCAGGUGGACGGAGGAUCACACGUGGCUGUGGUCCCCCAAUCAGCAGUGCGUGGAGAUCCGGGCCUUUGACCCUCCCAACCUCAGUUGUCGCAAGACGCAGCAGGUGGACAUCAGCGUUCCGACUCUGCCUAGACUCCGACAGUCCGAUCAACUGCGCUGCCUGUUCGGCGCGUGGCCCAGUCGCGCCGUGGCGUUGGGCAGCCCGGCCGUCGUCACCUGUUCCCUGCCUGACCCUGCGGAGAUUCCCCCAGCUCCUGUGCAACAAGACUACGUGUCUGUGCCGGUGCAAAUCCUAGUGAACGACAACAUCGUGGUGACGUCCGGAGAAUUUCACUUUUACGACUGUGCCGCAACUGUCAGGAAGAAUCCCAACACGCCGUGUAUUUCGUGCGUGACCAGCGAGUGGGGCUGUCAGUGGAACGCCCGGGAGCACCGAUGCAGCGACGCGGACGAAGCGCCGGACGAAAGUCACAUCGUCAAACCUCAACAGCCGGAGCGCUGUCCUCAGUUCGAGUCGCCGGAGCCGUCCCUGAUCCCCGUCGGAUUCGAGGUUCCCAUCAGCUUCCGGGGGAGAAACCUCGACAUCUACUCGGGUCGCAGGUUCGUGAUGGGCACGGAGCUAAUGAAGCAAGCGGAGGAGGAGGUGACGCAAGAGCAAAGCGGAUCAGACUUUAAAUUCCGAGGCUUCAAGUUUUCAUACAACAAGCAGCAGGAGGUCAAUGUUUCCUUCCACGUCAUCGAACGGGACACCGAGCGCAAGAUUGACAGCACGCUCACAGUGGUUUUGUACAACUGCUCUGUGGCCAAAGAAGACUGCAGUUUGUGCAAACACGCCGACGCCAAGUACGACUGCGUGUGGUGCGCCGCCUUGCAGUCGUGCGUCUACCGAGGGUCGUGCCCCACCCCGCCGCUCGCCUUGUGUCCCAAGCCGCAGAUAACUGACAUUGUCCCUCGCUUCGGGCCACUCAACGGUCGCAUCUCAGUGACCAUCAAGGGUUCCAACAUGGGCGUUAAGAAGGAGGACAUUCGGAGGAUCAGCGUGGCUGGUGUUGAGUGUCAACACCUGCAAGACAAGUACUCUGUCUCCACCAGUGUCGUGUGCGAGAUCGGUCCGGCCAAGCGGACGCCACCGUCGGACCUCCCCGUGGAGCCCAGCAAUAGCGGAGUGGUGGAGGUGGAAGUGGAAGGCGGGCGGACGGGAAGGUCGCAGGUGGUCUUUACGUAUCGGGACCCACACCCAGAUGCCGUGCAUCCCGGGAAAGGUCCGGCCGCCGGCGGGACCGUCAUCACCAUUACCGGUCGAGACCUGGACACGGCCUCUAAAGAGGAUAUUGCCGUCUCAGUGGGCGGAGUACCGUGUCAAGUGCUUUCGUUCGGCGAGUCCAUCACAUGCAAGACGGGUCCGUAUCCUGGCCAGAAGGUUCCUUCGGAGCCGCUGGCGGUCAAGGUCAACUAUGGGCGCAACACCAGCAAAGAGGUGUUAACCGCCUUCCAGUACGCCGACAACCCCAAGAUCGCCGACUACGCCCCCAAGUCCAGCUUCGUCUGUGGCGGGCGAAGGAUCGUGGUGACGGGAAACGGUUUUGACUUGAUCCAGAGGGCCAGUUUGAAGGUCGUGCCUGCCACGGAUGAGUUCUCACAGGACGAUGCGCCCGGCGAGCUGUUCGUCCAGGCACUGAGCAAAAACGACAGCGUGUUGCAGUUCCUGUCACCGGCGGUAAAUUGGAGCGACGGUCGCCCGCUGCGUGCCGUGGUGCAGCUGGACAAUGUAAAAGAGGAGCUCAAGGCCUUUACGUACCACCCGAACCCGUCCUUCAACGAGCUCUCUAAGACGGUCAUCACUGAGACCAGCGUCAUCAUCGUCAACGGUCGAGGCUUUGCCAAGGCCAUGACGGCCGUGGAGGCUCAGGCGUUUGUCGGGGACGCUUCCUGUAAUGUCAGCAUACUUCAGGACGACAAGUUGAUCCUGGACCCGCCUUCGUCUCGGCCCCGAGCUCGAUCCAAGCGUCAACGCAGAGACGCGGCCAGCGAGCCUCUAGAACUUGUGGUGAAGUUCGGCCACGGCGAGUGGAAAGUGGGUUCUGUGUACUACGCCGGGAAGGAAGACAUCCCUCUAGCUAUCAUCAUCCCCGCCGUCAUCGUGCCCAUGCUGGCCUUUAUCGCCGUGUCCGUGUACUGCUACAGGAGGAAAAGUCAGCAGGCUGAGCGAGAGUACGAGAAGGUCAAGCACCAACUGGAGAACUUGGAGGAAAGCGUCAGGGAUCGCUGCAAGAAGGAGUUCACCGAUCUGAUGAUCGAGAUGGAGGACCACACCAGCGAGCUGAGCGAGGCGCGCAUCCCAUUCCUAGACUACAAGACGUACACGGAGCGCAACCUCUUCCUGCCUUCCAAGGACGGCAGCGGCGUCGCCGUGCUGACGGGACGCGUGCACGUGCCCGUGUCCCGCCGGGCCGUCGUGACUCGGGCCCUCAACCAGUUCUCCAACCUGCUCAACAGCAAGCCCUUCCUCAUCAAUUUCAUACACACGCUGGAGAGCCGUCCCGACUUCAACGCACGAGCGCGUGGCGAUUUCGCCUCCCUCCUGACGGUGGCGCUUCAUGGCAAGCUGGUCUACUUCACCGACAUCACACGGACGCUCCUCCUGGAGCUCAUGGACGAACACGUUCACAACAAGCACCCCAAGCUCAUGCUCAGGAGGUCGGAAACCGUGGUGGAGAGGAUGCUGUGUAACUGGAUGUCCAUCUGCCUCUACCAGUUCCUAAGGGACAGCGCCGGUGAGCCGUUGUACAAGCUGUUCAAGGCGCUCAAGCACCAGGUGGAGAAAGGCCCGGUGGACGCCAAGGUCAAGAAGGCCAAAUACACGCUGAACGACACGGGGCUGCUGGGAGAUGACGUGGAGUACUCCGUGCUGACGCUUCAGGUGUUGGUGCACGGGGAAGGCCCGGAUGUCACGCCUGUUAAGGUCCUCAACUGUGACACCAUUUCUCAGGUAAAGGAGAAGAUCAUCGAUCAAGUGUACAGAAAUCUGCCGUACUCACAGAGGCCAAAAGUGGAGAAUGUGGCACUGGAGUGGCGUCCCGGCUCUACGGGUCAAAUUCUGUCAGACCUGGACCUGACGUCACAGAAAGAAGGACGCUGGAAGAGACUCAACACUUUGGCUCAUUACAACGUUCGGGACAACGCCACGCUGGUUCUCUCCAAGGUUUUGCACUCGCAGUCCGUCCACCAGCACCAGGACAGCAACGAAGAGCGAAACGCCCUCCUGGAGGAAGACAACACAUUCCACCUGGUGCGAGCGACCGACGAGCUGGACGAGGUCAAGUCCAAGCGAGGCAGCGUCAAGGACAAGUCCAUGACCAAAGCCAUCACCGAGAUCUACUUGACACGCCUGCUUUCCGUCAAGGGCACGCUGCAGAAAUUUGUGGACGACUUCUUCGGCAGCAUCCUGCGCUCCAGCGCCGCCGUGCCGCCCGCCAUCAAGUACUUCUUCGACUUCCUGGACGAGCAGGCGCUUCGGCACGACAACGUGGACGAGGAGACGUUGCACGUCUGGAAGACCAACAGUUUGCCGCUGCGCUUUUGGGUGAACAUCCUGCGCAACCCUCACUUCAUCUUCGACGUGCACGUGACGGAGGUGGUGGACGCCUCACUUCACGUCAUCGCGCUCAUGUUCAUGGACGCCUGCACUAAGACGGAACACAAACUCAGCCGGGAGUCGCCCAGCAAUAAGCUUCUCUACGCUAAAGAAAUCUCCACCUACAAGAAGAUGGUGGACGAUUACUACAAAGGAAUCCGACAGAUGGUUCCCGUCAGCGACCAGGACAUGAACACGUACCUCGCAGAGGUGUCCAGGCAACACACGGACGAGCUGAACACGCAGCAGGCCCUACACCAACUCUACCAAUACGCCAGCAAGUACUACGACGUGAUCAUCCAGUCUCUGGACGAAGACCCGGCCGCUCAGAGCGGCCAGCUAACGCUCAGACUCCAGCAAAUUGCCGCCGAUCUGGAGGACAAAGUCACGGAUCUCUGAUGCUGGAAAGUUCCUUGAAUGGUCGCAAUGGAGAACGGCUUUGACCACUGAGAUGUUCUGGACAUUUGCUCAGCUUCUUCCUGGACUUUUUUGAAGGCGUGAGGGGCUUUCCCAACAAGUUGCAAAUGAAGGCGGCUCCUAAAGUCAAAAGCUUGGAAUUUGAGAACACUGACAAAGGACUAAACGGUGAUUUUUCAAGUGCACUAUUUGUUUUAACGGCGGUCUGCUCGGUGGUACGUUGGCGGUGAUUUUUUUUCAUUUGGAAAUGUGAAGUUGAAGGCUUUGUUCGUCGGUUCUGAUAUUCAGACGCAUUUAGGAGCUCGUGGUUCCUCGCAUUUAUUCGACGGCUCGUGUUGGAAAACGUAUCGGUACUUUUUUUUUUUCUUCGACAGCCGCGGAGUGCCUUGAAGCGCAGCACGCGACUUGGUUUUGAAUGUUUUUGCAACUCGUUUCUAGACCGAGCUUGCCUUUUGAAUGUAAAAGAAAGCGGUACCGACGUGGCACAAUCGAAGAGCACGACAGGGAUGAAAAGUUUUUGUUUAGGGAAAUAAUGAGGUUGUACAAAAUGUGCACAGCCAGUAAUCCCACGCAAGCGGCAAAGCACGACGGGACAUUGAGUCGAAAUGGCAGGAUGUGAAAUCCCCCAAAUCCUGGAACGCUCCAAUGAAAUAAAAAAUGAUGUAUCAUGUGAUUGGGGUCCAAAUCAUUUCCUCAAUCUCCAUCAGCUCCAACAACAUAUACUUUGAAAGCGGAAAUGGCCUUGAUAGUCAACUAUAGAUACAGAUAUAUAUAUAUAGGAAUUUAUAUCCUAUAUUUUUGGGGAUGAUUGGGUCUUAUCAUAUAUAUAUACGAGUAUAUAACUAUCAUCAUUUUCCAACUCAUCCCUACCAAUGCAUGGAAUUUGAAAGGGUACUUGCUGCAAAGGACCCUCCGCGAUGCUCGAAAUGAAGAAAGCCCAAGAACCGGCCGGCGUCCACGCACUGGGUCCCAAAGGCCGCUUAAUCCAGCAGAUGUUGGUUUCUCAACCUGUAAAACCUGCACAGAAACACCACAAAUGCAACACGUUUAAGAGUUGUGCACUUGCGACAAGUGUGCUGAUUUACUACUCAUGCUGACCCAGUUCGCUCCGCCUCCAUGCUGCAGGUGUUCCUGUCACACCAAUGAAUGGCUCCCCCCUUAAUCUCAAGAUCGAGGCCUGGGAUCUUGAGUGUCCAGCGCAGUAUCUUUGCUGCUCCUAGGACUACGUUCUUCUGGACAGAGAUGCUGGAGCCACUUCUCCAGUGUGGGGGACAUGGCCCCCAGUGCUCCCCUGUUGCUUUCACCUUCCAGGCUCUCCAGCUCUACCUUGAGCCCUUAGUAUUUCUCUAGUUUCUCGUGUUCCUUUGUCCUGAUAUUACCAUCGUUGGGAAUGGCUACGUCGAUCACAACGGCUGUCCUCAGCUAUAUACAGUAUUUGUUUUCAAGUGUUUCUCCACCGCUUGUGGAGUUACUUUUACUUCACGUAACAUUCCUCGUCAAAGUCAGGAAUGACACCGAUGCUGCGGCUCCUCACGGCCGUCGUGAAGGACCCGACGGCUCAGACCGUUCGCCAUCUGCUCUUUGCCAACCAUGUCCGUCGAACCCCUGCCCGCUUUCUUUAUAGUCGUUCUCAUUUGCCAUUUCCCGACAGACAGAGAAGGACAUCCUGCUGGGGCCCGAGCUGAAGGAGAUUCAAGUCAACAACCCCCAGCGCUUCAAGCUGUGGUUGACCGUCAACAGGGCAUAUCUUGAAACAUGCACACAUAUCUGAAAAAACGGAGAGAAUUUUUUUACAUUAGAGUCGCUCAACUUACUGCUGUUGGCAGGGAUAGACAUCAAAUUCAUUUUAAAUUGCACGUGAUUUAACUAAA